AUGUCAGCCCCCGUGCACUCCCAAGCCCGCUCGCUCUAUCGCCGCCUCCUACGAGAGCUGCCCGCACGAACUCCAUCCAUCCUCGCCAAUCCAUCCCCACUGCAAAAGCACAUCCGAGCCGACUUCGCCAACCACUCCCAGACCGACUCACCAUCAUUGCAACAUCAAGCGCAGAAGCCGGUCGAGAAGCGCGUCGAGGAGGCUGAGCAGUAUGUGCAGUAUUUGGCUGCUCAACGCAUGUACACGACUCUGGUGGAACGCUAUAACCCUGGCAUGAAUAUGUCUGAGGAGGAACGUGUGAGGUUGACGGCUCGGAGAGUGGGUAUGGAUUUGCCGGAUGAUAUGUGGCGGAAUCCGAAUGGUGGCAAGGCUUGAAUGGAAUCUUGAAUCUUGAACCUUGAACCUACGCGCUUUUUUUGGUCGGCAUCCAAGAGCAACGUGCUCCGCGAAGCGGAUACGGUGCUUGGUGCUUGCAACAUUGGAAGAAAAGGGUAACAACUCUGCUCAGACACUCCGGGACACGAGACUACUGCAAAAGAUCCUGCGCCAUGGCUAUUACGAAGUUCACCAUGAUCGUGCAGCUGCAUCAACCACGUAGCCUCCUGGACCUGCCAGCUGAAAUCCAAAGCAUCAUGCUUGGCUAGGUGGUAUGCACCGUAAGAGAGAGGCCGGCGUCUGGUACUAUGGUCCAACCGUGAGGCCGCUCACUCGGCCAGCUCGACUUAUAGCGCCGAAGCAGCUAGAGCUAGAUCAGGCAUACUGUACCAACACCGAAUCAGAGGAAUCAGAUCUAGCCGCCAUGUUUCUACGACAUACCUUGGGAGUGCAAAUACUAUCCCGGCAGAUUCGAAACUUCAAGAUGGCUCAUUAUGUACUCUGUUCCAGCCAGUUUCUCAGGCAGCACGGGAAGCGGAACACCCUUCAGUACUCACAACUCUGUACCUCAGCUAUCGCUUGGUGAAGUGGCUUGGUUCCAUUACUUGAAGAUAGCUAUGAGCGAUCUCUAUGAGACUACCAGGUGUAAUGGAAACUAGUACCCAG